UAUCGUGCUUCUUCAAUUUAUUUAUCCAGCAAGGUUAGGGUUUACGGGGGUCCUUUGAGCAUUGUCUGCUAUCGGCGUUACGGAAAGCAGGAAUAAUGUCGAAGAAGAACAGUUUAUCUCUUAGAAAGAAACAAUACGAGUUUGAUCUUCGAAGAGAGAAGCAAGAAAAAGAAAAGAAACAGAAGAAGCUUCAAGCGAAGAAGAAUAAGAUGAAGGUUGAUGGGAGUGACAAGAAAAAUAAGGGUGCAAGUGGGUUUCAAGUUGGGAAGAGAAAACUGAAGACCAAACUAACGCCAUUGGCAAAAGCUAAGGCUGCUCAGGCCAUGGAGGUUGACAAAUGACGUUUCAUAUAAUCAAUAUUUUCUGUUCUUCUGUGUAAGUUGAGUUUUCAAAUCAGAGAUAACGAAAUUCUAGAGGCGGAUAAGUAUUAUGUAUUCAGCUUUGUGAUUUCUUAAUUUGAGAGGAACUUUAUAAUGACGAUGUCUUUACUCUUUACUACACACGCGUUGUUUACUGUAAUGUGCUUCUAAUCAUCUGAUG